AACAUGGAACUUCUGAGUUCAUUGACGAAAGAAGAGAUUUUAGAAGUUCUAUCUCAUGGUUUAUGUCAUCAGUGUGAAACCCUAGGGCAUGAUCGUAUCAGAAGAACCCUUCAUAAAAGAAAGCGCGGUGAGACUUGGUAUCAUGGUGAAGGAUGGGAAGAUAUUGGAGAUGAAAUAUACAUGUCUAUGAAUGGUAACGGUUCAAAUUCAGAAUCUUUGAAUACAAGAGUUAGAAAAAAGGGGAAGAGUCCAAUAAACUCUUCACUAAAACAUGAUUCUACUCUCGAUGAGAAUGUAGGAAAACACGGUGAGAAUUUGUAUCCCGGUGGAGACUUGAAAGAUAUUGGAGGAGCAAUACACAUGAAUGGCAAUGCUUCACUUGCAAAAUCUUUGAAUAAAAGAAUUAGAAUAGUGUACAAUCCAAGGAACUCUUUACAAAAACAUGAUUCUACUCUCACAGUGAAGGAUAACAAACCCAAUUUUAGCAAGCAGUCUGAUACUGAAUUAUUGUUAAAUGAUGGAACUGUGGAUGUUUCUUCAUCUAAAAAUGAGUUAUCGGAAGAGCAAAAGGAGCAUAUCCGUUAUAAUUCUGAAAUUCAAUGCAAAAAAGAUUUUACCUUCAUUGAAAGAAUCAAUGGGAGAGACAUAAAUUUGCUGCAGGGUCUUGAACUUCACACCGAUGUUUUCAAUGCUACGGAGCAGGAUGAAAUUGUCGAGUAUAUAUACGGAUUGCAAAGGAGAGGACAACAAGGAAGACUUAGAGAUAGAACAUACUCGAAACCUAGAAAGUGGAUGCGAGGUAAAGGACGUGAAACCCUGCAAUUUGGCUGCUGCUACAAUUAUGCAGUGGACAAAUAUGGUAACCCUCCUGGUAUAUGUAGAACUGAAGAGGUUGAUCCUUUGCCGGACGUGUUCAAGCAAAUGAUAAAGAGAAUGGUUAGAUGGAACAUAAUUCCUCCGACGUGUGUUCCUGACAGUUGCAUUGUCAACAUAUAUGAUGUAGGGGACUGCAUUCCUCCUCACAUUGACCAUCAUGACUUUGUCAGGCCGUUUUAUUCCGUCUCAUUCUUGAACGAAGCUAAAAUAUUAUUUGGUUCAAAUCUGAAAGAAAUUCAACCCGGAGAGUUUUCGGGUCCUGCUUCUAUUUCUUUGCCUCUAGGGUCAGUAUUCGUUUUGAAUGGUAAUGGAGCAGAUAUUGCUAAACAUUGUAUUCCAUCUGUGUCGUCAAAAAGGAUUUCUAUUACAUUUAGAAAGAUGGAUGAGAGAAAAUUACCAUACAAGUAUCCACCUGAUCCUGAGCUAGUGGGAAUCAAGUCACUUUCCGAUUCCCAUCUAAAUAAACCGGAUAGGAAUUCAGAAACACAAGUAAAGAAGGCUGGAAGUGUUCAAUCCAAACCUAAUCCAGUUUUAAAGACUAGACAUGAAUCGUCGUUUCACAUCAAAGACGAGUACCCUCAGACUUUUUAUGGUAACUUCAGUAACUUUAGAAAAUUGAAGGACAGCGAAUUCGAACGCACAGAAAGACAUUAAGUUUAACAGAAUUGUACGUGAUAUUUACUAUUUUAUGUCACUUUGUUUUUUCGCAAUCGUGCAAUAUUGCACAUGAUCUUUACUACUUUAGUAAA